AUGCCACUCGAUAAUGUCACCGGCGGCGUGACUGGACAGCUUCCUGCCGACCAGGCCCAAUCAACAACAAGCGGAGUGGUCAAGAAGAGCGUACCAAAAAAGCUCCACCGAACGACGAAGGACUUGACCGACCCUGCCCUCCCAGGUCAAUUUCCUUCCGACGAUGCUCCCCCAAAAGGCGAGGGAAUCGACAAUGAUCUCUCGUUUUCAUCGAUAUGGUCCACCAUAACAGCAUGGUUCUCUACACUAUUCCCUCGCGCCUUUGAUUAUCUCGAGUCCUACAUUCAGGGACUGGUCGCCUGGCUCCUCCCUCCACCCCGCCAGGCUGCGUUAUAUGAAGCUGCACUGAAGCGCCCUGCCGCAACAACCUUAAUCGUUUGCCAAAUGAUUUGCUGUGGAGUUCCUCUACUGGUGUUCUUGGCUGGCGUGUUUGUCUUUGCUGCGGUGUCGAUAUUGCUCUGGGCUAUUCUGUCCUUGCUCAUUCUUGGUCCGGUGUUGUUGGUCACAAGCAUGAUGGGCAUGUCUCUGUGGGGCUGGGGUUGGAUCCUCUAUGGGUUGGUCAAAUGGAUUGAUCGGCGAUUCUUGGGUGGCAUAAUUGCACGCUUUUGGCUUUCUCAGACAAAUUCGGAGUCAGACGAUGUAGAGGAUGAGCCCAAGGAGGAGAAAAAGGACGAGUAA